CAGGGAACGGCUGCGGUUUCAUAUUUCAUUUCCCUUGUACACUACACCCAGAUUCCAGUCGCUUUCUGGCUUCACUGCAGUGCAUUACGCAGAGCACAGGUCCUGCAUCGUAUCCAGCAGAGACAGACAGGGCUUCUCUCGGUUCCAGGCAGUGGACCAUGAAGAUGUCAAUUUUAUUUUCACUUUGCAUCUUUGCUUUCCCUGGCUUUUCCCAGGGCAGGGUUGUUGGAGUGGAUGAAGCUGGCUUUGCCGAAUGCAAUAAGUUCUUUUAUGGAGAAACCCCACCAGAAGGAUUUACGGAGUCUUUCCAUGUGAAAAUCUGUCAGCAGUACAACAAAGAGCCACGCUUCGCAACGCUCUACAGCACGGAGGACAAGACCCCUCUUUAUUCCGCUUUUAAAUACACAAAAGCAGCUCAGAGAGCGGAGGAGAGCUGGCUGGUUGAACCGCAGAUAGAUGAUCCUGGAAAUGACUUGGAGGAAAUGGUGCAUGAAGCUGUUGCUGUUGGCUCAGUGAACAACCUUGGCGCAAACCAAGCCCUGACCACAGACUAUGUGGACUCUGGUUAUGAGAGAGGGCAGCUAAACCCCAGUUCCCUCAAUGAAGAUGAUUUCCAGCUAGCCACAUACACCCUUACUAAUGCUGUCCCUAUGACUCCCUCUCUCAGUGAAAGCUGGCACAAGGACGUUGAGAAUAUAGUAGAGCAAGCUUUGGCCCCACAUUGUGAAAACGGGGCUCGCCUGUAUCUUGUUGCAGGUGCUGUUCCAUCCAGCCUCAGAGUUAAAGACAAGGUGUCCAUACCAGAGUUUCUCUGGCUGGCAGCUUGCUGUGAUGCUCCAGAGGUAUGGUCUCUGGGCUUUCUGAAACGUCCGAGUGGUGAAAACAGUAUAGAAGACCUGUCUGUGCAAGAGCUGGAGAAGCAGCUUCCUUCAGGAGCUCACUUGUUUAAGAGCAAUUGUGGGGGAGGCAGCCAAAGCCAGGAGAAAAUGGAAACUAUAUUGCAAACCAUAAACCAGAUCCAGUCUGAAGAGCCCAUAGUGCAAACUACGGCCGGGAGAGUCGGCUGGCACAAGCGCGAAGAGGCCAGCCUGCUGAAAAGAGUAGCCGGCAUCGUUGCGGCCCCUUUCACCAAGCUGCUGAGAAUCAUCGGCUAUGUGUUGGUGGAGGUGGUGAGAUACACGUGUUAUUUCCUAUGGUAUGUCGUCAAGCAGCUCGGCAACACUGCAAUGGGCGGACUCCACCGCUUAUGGAACGGAGUGGUGUCCUAUGGCAAAGAAAUCAGCACAGUGCUGGUGAACAUCCCCAGGGACGUGGCCAAGGUCGCAGCAAACAUCAUCAUGGGCUUUGUCCGGAUCUUCCAGAACACCCUGAGCCUCAUCUACAGGAUUCUCAGCGUCCCCAUUGGACUCUUCCUUCAUAUCCUGGCUUUCCCCUUGGACACUCUCUGUGCCGUUCCCAUCGUCCUCAAAGAUAUGGCCGCUGGAGUUGGCGGCACUUGCUCACUCAUUGUCGAUGCCACAGCUGCCAUGAUGUCCGGCUUUUAUUACAUAGCUACUCACCUAGGCAAAAAGUUUGUCCCUAAGCUCUCUUCUGAUGACUGAUAGGGACGGCAAACAGAACUGCACAGACAUGUGGUGAAAGAAAAGUGGGGCAAUAUGUUCUGAUACGGGACCAAUGCUGACAAUUCUUGUUGGUAUUUAUUGCAGUGACAUUAAUAACACCAAACCAAUCUGGUGAUCACAUGGAGGGCCUCUGGCACUUCAAAAGGGGAUUCCAUUACAAAUCGACUUCCACUUAUUGUAAAGUGUUCAGGGUUUCAACCGGGGUGACAAGCUGUCUGUGGAUUUCAAGGCCAAUGUCAAGCUGCUUCCGCUUUGAGACACGCUGAGUGUAGCACAAAGUUAUUCCUUCACUACUAAAAUAGGAAAAUGCUGAUGCCUGUACAUGGGCAGUGCUACAAAGGCACAGCAGAAGCAUGUGUCCAUUGGUGCGGGUAGAUAAGGGGCUUAUGCUGACCCACCCCUCUGCUAGGAUUAUUGCAUGGGAAGAAACCACAUAGAGAUUAAUUCUGCCUUUAGUUGCACUAUUGACUUCAGUGGGGUUUUGUGGAAGGAACUGAGGGCAGAACUUGGGCUGGUGUGUUUUAGCUGAUAAUUCUCAUCCCUUGGCCUUAGCUGAUAAUUCUCAUCCCUUGGCCUUUCAAGGCAGCUGAAAUGGAUGGAAUGGCCCUUAGUGAGAGUAAAUCACAGUUACUAGUUGCUUGGUGGGGUGUGGGGGGAUAUUUACCAUUUUCCUUAACUCCCCAUAACUUUUUAAACUGACCAUUGGUACCAAACAAUUAUCCAAGACCUGAGGUCUUUCUUCAGUGUGGGCCCGAUCCAAAGCUCAGUCAAGUCCAAAAUAGUCUUUCUACUGGCCUUGGAUCAUACCCUAAUACCCCAAACAAACCCCACCGCCACCCCCGUUGCCUCCGAUUAGAGACCGAAGUCUCCCAAAUACGUGCUUCCAUGCCAACUCAUCUGGAAAGCUCUGCAAGAUUUGGGACUCAGUUGCGUUUGCCCUUUUUUUUCUUUUAUGUGCACUGGGAGCCUGACUCAGCUGCAAAGAACCCUCCACCCGUGUUUCGGGCUGAGGCGACAAAUACGUGACUGUAUCAUCCUGGUUGGUCUGAACAAACACAGUCAGUGCAAGGCCUUGCAUGCAAUGACAAAGGGCAGACGAGGAACACUAAUGAUGAGGGGCCAGGUUCUGCCACUCUAACGCAAGAAUACGCAUUGACUUACAGGGAGGCUAUCUGCAGUGUGAGGGAUGAAUCGGCGUGAGCAAGGGUGGCAGAAUUUGGCCCUAGGAAGGCCGGUUGAUACCUGGCAGUGUUCUGUCUCCCGCCUACCUACAUCCUGUGAGAGGGGAAGCAGAUCUGAGGAACCAGCCUAUGGUCCUCAUGCACCCCAAACUCCCAGUGAAGUCAGGUUGGAAGGUUAUGGAAGUCCGUGGGGGUGAGCUAGGAAAGCAGGAUAAGGCAGAAGUCCAUUGGGCUGGGGAAAUGGUGAGCUGCAGCAUCCUGCAGUAGGUUUGGGGCAGGGGGGUUGGUCACUCGCACUAAGUUAGCUCAUCAGGGCUGGUGCAGGCAAAACUGGUAGGGGCAGGAGGCCCCAGGGUGGAGGAGGCCCCAGCCCAUCAGUGACAGGUUGAAGGGCUGGCGUGACUGUAAUUGCCCCAGUGACACACAGUGUGAAACACAAGCUGCUUGAUGCUAAUAGAGCUUGAGGGGAACCCGGGCUCCUGUCACUUUAUCACAACAGCACUUGUGCCCCUCCUCCUGCUGACAGGACAUACCCAUCCACUAGCUCCCAGACCCUCCACAACUGCACAUCCCAGUGCUGGACACCUCCCCUAUUGUCCUCUGUCCCCCUGGAGAUCCCCCAGCCCCAAGCAGGCAUGCCAUUGGAGUCUGGGUGAAUGGUGACACACUGCAUCUGGAAUACAGUAGCGGGCAGAUGAGAUCCUAAGCAAAGGGCUUUACAGGGGAGGUCACAGUUUAGCUCAACUGAGCCCCCCUCCAAACUCAGUGGUCCUGCAUACUAAGGGGACAUGGUGCAGGGGCACGAACUGUCUGCUCCCCAGUAAACAAGGGCCUAUCUUCAGCUCAGCUUACACCUCCCCUUGGAAAGGCAAUCAGGGGAAGCAGUUUUGGUUUCUUGUUACCGUAUAAGCUUUGUCCCUUGAGAGUGAUCCUUGCUGACUGCCUCAGCGUUUGCGUCUAUUGAUUCAGUCUGCAAGCACACAAAUGCGGUAAGAAGUUGUAGAAGAGACAACUGACCCUCCUCAUAGUUCCUUCACACCCUGCCCUGUGCAUUUUUUUAUGCAUGACUAUUCUGCUGUAUUUUUAUGUAGCUCAUCUAUGCUUUUACAUUUGUGGGCAUAACUCUAUGCAAAGUCUCUGCUGGGGGGAUCUGGCUGUUCUGUUACAUGCUACUUGGGAGCAGUUCUGGAUUUGCGAAAACGUUAUUACAAUAUGUGUCAGCGUUCCUACCACUUCUAUUUAAUGACAGGCUGAAUUUGGGGGGAGUAGUUGGCUCAGAUUCUAGCAGUGGAAUAAAGAAACUCUGGCUGGUUCAAAUCCAGCCCAGCUUAAUCAUGACUAAAAGUUAUUACCCUGGCUUUGGGAUCUGUGUGGAACAAAUUAUGUGUCCCAGACCAAUUCCUAGCAAACAGCCCAACAUAUCUUAGCAGCAGAGAGGCCAUGGAGUGAAUGGACUUGGAGAUCAAUGCCACCUGUCACUCCUAGAGGUGAUCACUCCAGGUCAGGGUAGAGGCAUAUGGGUGGAGUCAUAUGGGGAAGUUUACACUUUACUCCCCGUGCUGCACCUGAUCCCUGGAGAAACAGAGGACUCUAGGGUUGUCAAUCCAACAUGCACAAUAUUGGUCCCAAAUCCCGUUGGUCAUUCCUUACUAUGCUACACGUCCAAGCAGUCUAUAGAGAAACUGCCUAAACACAGAACAAAUAUUGCAGAACAGCUAUGCACAGCUGUAAACUGGCUGUCGUUUGAGAUUAGCCUUAUCUGGGCAUGACAUAUGGUGUGGGAGCUUGACCUUAUCCUCAGAGCUAUGUGGUAUUAACAAAAUUAAAGUGACUUUGAAAAAAGAAAGACUUCAUAUUACAUUGCUGGGGAUCGUUACGAUUAAGACUGCUGACACAACUCAAAGGGCCAUACCUAACUGGGGAAAAGAACAGUGUUGUAGUUUCAAUUUGUUGCUGCACUACUCAGGAUCUGGUGGUGUUAUUAACAAUAUUUUGUGCUUCUGUAGCACCUUUCAUCUGAAAAUCUCAAAGCACUUUAUACAGCGUAGUUAAUUAAGCCUCGCCACAUACUUGUGAAAUAGGUGAAGGAUGAAGAUUAUAUAGAUGCAUAUGCCCCCCCUUCCCCAUACAUUAUCUAGAGAGGGAGAUCGAGAGAGAGAGAUCAUCUUAUUCAUCAUGAAAUGCAACUAUCUCUGGGGUGAAUCAUGGCAGUUAUUUUUUUAGCACCAUAACAUUGCACAGUAAUUUAGGACAGGAUGAAAAAAUACAGUAAACAGCUGAAACUGCAGUGGGGAAUGUAGGGAGGCAGGAGCCAAAUACCUGAGUUGGAUAUUGGCCAGAACAAUGUAGUUAGUACCUCCAUUAUACCAACCAAACCAAACCAUGUUAUCUUUAGUGACCAUGGAGGUCAGGACUUUAGUUUUGUGUCUCAACUAAAAAAAGAAAAAAAAACAUGCGGGGGCACUGACUCCAGUUCUGACACAGAAGGAAGAGUGCCACUUUCUGCAACAUCUGUUCCACUUCCUGCGGCACUGAUGUUUUCUUGGAAAGUGCACUAUCCAAACCCUGACCCACCUUGCUUAGCUUGUGAGAUCUGAGAGCAUUCACAGCAUGAGACAGGAGGGAGAUUUUUCCCAGGCAGUUGGGCACCCAACACCCACUGUCCUUCCAUGGCAGCUGGGCGCUUACUUGCCACCUGUGCCAUUGUGCCUGAUCUGGAUGGAGUUAAUGGCCCUGUGACAGGGUGGUGGAACCCAGUCCAGUGCAGGGUGAGUGCACCCCCUCCUCUAAGCUGCCCUCUACCUCAGGAUGGUGAGGUAUAAUGGCUAGAGUCAAUAUAAUUUGCCGCUGGAGCGUAUGGCCUAGUGGUCAAAGCCAAUUCAGCUGUCCUUGUCUUCUGGGCUAGAAGACCUAAUGGCAAGGGUCAAUACAGAUGCCCCCUCUCAAGGCUGAAUGGCCCAAUGGCCAGAGUCAAUAGGACGGCCUUGCCUCUCAGGGCUGUGCGGCCCAACGGCCAGAGUCAGUAGAGUUGCCCCCGCUUGCGGGGUUGUAAGGCCUAGUGCCCACAGUGAGUAGAGUUGCCUUUGUCCACAGGGUGGUAAGGCCUAGUGAUCAGAGCCAAUGGGGUUGCCCUUAUUUGCAGUGCGGCAAGGCCUACCAGCCAGAACCAAUGGGCCUCAUGGCCAGAGACAAUGGGUAGGUGGUGACCAGAGAUGGGGGACCUGGACCCACCCUGCUCCACCAGGUCCCGGCCCAGGGCCCUAACAGUGGUGAGGUGUUCCACCACUGAGUCAGCAGAACUCCAACCGAAACAUGUCGACUUCCCUCAGGACUCUAGCUAGUUCCUAAUAGGUCUCUUGGAGCAGUACUCAAGGUGUUGUCGUGGUCUCCAGGCUUCUCAGUGCAUCCACAGGUAGCCGGGUGUCUGUCUGAGUCUCGGUGUCUCUGGCUUCCGCGGUUAGGGGUUCCCACUGCUCCCAGGCUGCAUCCUGCAAGAUGCGUCCUUCCUCCUCAGCGGUCAGCCCAGACUGAACUAGGCUGUUCCCUUUUAUACUAGUACUGCAUUUGGAGCAUGCCCAGUAGGGAAGUGGGGGUGUGACUUCUUCAGCCCACAAUAAGGAGUUAACCCUUCCCCAUCCAGUGCGGGGUGAGUGUGCCCCAUUACAGGUCCAUAAAAGUAUCCAGUUCUUUUUAGUUUUAGGACCUGUGCAAGAUGCUGGUUUAUCAGCCCUACAUCAAGACUGGACAAAGUUCUAGAAAAGAAUGAAUCAUCAGUGUUUAUGUGCUGGUUUAUGUCUUCCAGGGGGGGUAUGAAUAUUGGCCCAGAUUCACUUGCUCUGGUGCCAGGUCAGGUGAAUUAAACCCUCUUAUGCCAGCCUGGGCAGUGAAGCUGCUUGUUCUCCCCGGGCUUCUGUUGGGGAGGACCAGCUUUAACCACUGUCAGAUACAUUUACAUUCCCUUUGAAUUUGGCCCAUAGAGGUGACUAACCUCCCCUAAGUCACAGAGACAGUCAGUAGCAGAGCCUGUAUUGGACCCCAAAAGCCCCCAGUCCUGUGUUCCACUCCCCAGGUCACACCUCUCUUGAAGCUACCCCUAACAGAGCCCCUUUUACAGCUAAACACCUCUACAUGGGGCUACAAACUAUUACUUCAGCCCUCCAUGGAGGACCAGCUGCUCAGAUUCAGGCUAGUUUUAUUCACAAGUUAUCACCUUGGCCUAGUCAAUGCCCAAAAAAAUCACUUACUGAAAAAUAAAUACAAGUGUAACUAGUUUGGCCAGAAAGGGUUAGCAGACAGCAUAACAUCCAAGGUGUGUCUGUAGUAUGCCUGGUAUGUCAGUAACUGGUACUGUAUGUUCAAAAUGACAGGAUAUAUUGUAGCUGCAUAUUCUUAGUUUUAUCCAGCACUGGAUACCACCUGUCAUUCAUUUCAAUGAAACAGCCAUUUUCAGCUAAGCAAAUAUCUCUAAGCAGACAGACCUAUGGAGUUUCCACAUUUGUGCUAAUACUGCAGUCAAGGGCCUCUAUACAAUGUGGUAAGCUGGCUCUAAAUUCUUCCGCAAGGUUCCUGGAUUCUGCAGUAGCUUCCUUCUAAUUAAUACAUGUACGUGUUUAAACUAAUUAAAUAUGGAAAUGAAUAGAACCAUCAGAGAAGUGGCCCCAGUGUUAUUUGCUUUGAUAGUCAUUAUACAGAUGUUAUGUGGUCCCCACAUUUUCAUUUUCCUAUUUGCCAAGGGGUUUGGUAUUGACUGCACGUAACUGCAUCAUAGGUGGUAUCAGAGGGCAAAACUGGAAGUUUUGGCAGAUGACAAGGGGGUGUCACACAGUCUGGAAUGGCUCAUAACUGAGUGUCAAUCUCAGGUCAGACUGUCAGAAAACAGGGCAGACAUGUCAAACUUGUGGUAUGUUCUAUAAUAAGAUUUCACCAAGCUAGUAACAAAUGUGAACUCCUGGAUCACUAUAUUAGUCUGACCAUGGAGUUACAAGCAGUCCCGUUGGGCUGUCCAGCCUAUCUUGCCACCCCGACAAACUGGACUUAGUGAUAAUGGUCACAUAAACCAAAAAUCACACCACUUCAGGUUACUCCCAACCCCAAAGGGUCAGUCACUUACCCCUAGGUCAACUGGUACUCUGGAUCUUACACCAAAAGCAAUGCCAGUAGCUAAUCCUCUAGUAAACAAACUGAAGAUUAGCUAAGAAAAAGAAAUGAGAAUUAUUGAGAGGUUAAAGCAGGUAAAAUAAUUAACAGGUGAGUCAAAGUUUUUAAAUCCAAAACGAUAGCUGAGAUGCAGUAAUCUGCCAGUUCCAAAAAUCUGUUAGGGCACCUAGAAUAACUCUAGGGGUCUCUGUCCACUCACUCAGUAUUUCCACCCUGUUGGCAUCCAAACCGUCCAGAGAUACAGGAUCAUUCCUUGAAAUCCAUUUUAUAGCUUCUCCAGAAACCAAGCUGAACAGUGUCUUCACCCACGUGGGUUUUGAUGCAUAGGAAAUGUAGGUUGAGUCUGUGAAUUUUCAUUGUCGAACACAAUGGCCCUUGCUUUGAAGUUAGCAUUUCUGGUUACAGCCAUUCAGGGUCAGCUCCAGGCAUCAGCGCAGCAAACAGGUACUUGGGGCGGCCAACGGAAAGGGGCGGCACGUCCAGCUCUUCGGCAGCAAUUCGGCGGCAGAUCCCUCAGUCCCUGCCGCCGAAUUGCCGCUGAAGAAUGAAGCGGUGGCGGUAGAGCUGCCGCCGAAGUGCCUCCGAUCGCGUCUUUUUUUCCCCCCCCGCCGCUUGGGGCGGCAAAAAUGCUGGAGCUGGCCCUGCAGCCAUUAAGUCCUUCAUUAACACCUCUCAAGGUUUCUUUGAGGAAUAAAUGUAACGUACCAGCAAACAACAAUCUUUCAUUAGUUUUCAUGAAGUUUACAUGUCAAACCUCUUCUCAUUUUAACACUAGCACACACUCUAAUCUAGGGCUAUCUAAUUACAGGGAUAUACAUAAUAUAAUGUGAAAGCAAUCAACAGGUUACAGAUAAGUGAAGACAAUGCUAUUUAACACAUCAGUGAAUUAAUCUAUGGCUCUGACCCGCUGGUCUGUCAGUGUCAUGGCGGGCAAAUGGGAUGUGUGGUGCCUAACAAAGAGUAGAUGCAGCUAGUGAGUUGAACACAUGAGCUGGAUAUUCCUGAUAAAAUGGUCUGUAGUGAAAUAGUUAACAAUACUGAUAUUUCAAUGGUCACCUUUUGGUUUCAGAGUUAUCAAGCCAUUGAGAUGAAUAGACUCAGGAAGACAUCACUGUAUCAGGGUACACUUAGUUCAUGUUGCUCAGGUAUUCUUCUGAAACUUAUUCCCACCAGUGGGCAUUGGAGGGCUUCCCCUCUCCAGCAAGAGUUUUCAGAGGAUCACCAUAGAUCUUAAUCAAACUACACUGUCUUUCCCCACGCUUUUUGGAAAGCUCUUGCUUCCACCUGGUGCCACAUGCUAUAUAGAUUGCUAGUCAAUAGGUUUGAUUCAUAGGGACUUUUGCCUCCAGAAUUUUGCUUUAAAGGAAUCCAACAUCUCAAAUCCCGACUUGGCAGAUAGAGCUGACUUUGGUCUUAUGCGAAACCACCAAGUGCUCCCUAAUGAUGAACCAGCUCAGGCUUGCUCAAAGUGCCAUAAACCUUAGAGAGCCUGGCCCACAUUUUGAGCAAACUGGUUUGGUUUCAUUACAACCAUUUUACACAUUGAUAGACAACCCCCGCCCCCACGCUUCUCAUGUGGCUAAGGGCACUCUUCCUCCCCAAGGCAUCAGAAGCGUAUGGGUCUCUGGUAUAACUGGUUGCCUCGCCAUGCGUUAUUGCUACGUAAUGGCCUUCACUUUAAAGAAAAAACAACAUUAAGUAAAAUCAAUGAGACAUUUCUUGUAUAACAAAUAUGCCUAAUGAUGUUCUACACUCCAGCUAUGCUCUAUGCAUAGUCUAGGGCUAUCUGUCCCACCUUGAAUUUGACAGACAGUGCCAUAGAGUCUCGUUAUUUGUAGGAGAGGAAGUAAACCUGCUGGUAAAUUGUGGCAGGGCAUCAGUGAGAUAUUAAUGGUCUCUGCUCAUCAGCAUCUCCAGAAGUGGAUUGGGAGAGGGCAGGAAGGGUAGUGGUGCAGGUGCCUAUUUUAGUAACAGCGGGAAUAAGAUUAAAAACAAAACAGGUCUUAUACUGAGAUUGACCCGAACACCUCCAAAGCUCAGUGCUGGGAAGAGACUUGGAAUUCUGACCAGGAUCUUAAUUCAGUUGGUCACCCAUCUCCAUAAUGCAGGAAACCAACCCCCCAGAUCCAACACUCCAAAACUUUGGGGAGGGAACGUGUAUUUGGGAAUCUGAAUUUUGUAGCUGGCUUCUAUUUCUAUAACUAGCUGAACCAAAUCCUCAGAUCCAAUCACCACAAACACUGAGGAGAUCUGAAUUUUGCAGCAUGUGCCCAUCUCUGGUCUCACUGAGUGCUAAGGCCAGAUCCUCAAACGUAUUAGGCACCUAGCUACCAUGGAUAUCAAUGGGAGUUAAGCACCUAAAGUGCUCUGAGGAGCUGGGCCUAAAUAAAGUGCAUUGGAAUUGAUUUCCCAGUUCAGUCUGAGCCUUCCAGGGAGAUUGUAGUUUCGGGAACUCUGCUGGGAUUGGGAAAGGUGUGUUUUGGGUAUUGUAAUUAAUGCUGCUUGGCAAUUUUCCAUCAAAAUGACUUGCUGAUUGAAAGUGCCGUCUCUACUAAACUGGGAAAAUUUUGAUUUUGUUAAAAAAAAUGAUUUUUCUCUCAUGCAAAUUGAAAUAAAUUAUUUCAUUUCA